UGGUGGUUAAGGAUGGAAAUGAAAGGAUCUAACGGGGGAUUUGAAGAGGGGAAAAACAUUCAAAGUAAAUUAUCAUGCAAACGGAGAAGGACAGCAAAAACUAUUUUCAAGAAAAUCUACUCACGCAGAAUAGCGAGAACUAGGCAACGAUUGUGGUGGAUAUAUCCCAACAUGGUGUGA